AUGGCAGCGAAAUCCGAUGGUCGCGGGGUCGUCACCGGUUUCGCCCAGCUGCACAACCUGGAUGAGGUGGUGGGGACGGGAGAGGACGACAAUCGGAACAGCAGCUCAUUCCACAUCUGCCACUGCUGCAACACCUCGUCGUGCUACUGGGGCUGCCGGAGCGCCUGCCUGCAUUACCUCCGGGGGAAGGGGAAGGGGAAAGAUGCGGCGCGACCACCGCAGGAGGAGCGCCUCUGGCUGGACUGCCUGUGGAUCAUCCUGGCAAUGCUGGUCUUUUUCUGGGACGUGGGGACCGAUUUGUGGCUGGCCAUCGACUAUUACCACAAGCAGGACUUUCUGUGGUCAGGCCUGACCCUGUUCUUCGUGCUGGUGCCCUCGGUUCUGGUCCAGAUCCUGAGCUUCAGGUGGUUUGUGCAGGAUUACACUGGGGGCGGACUGGGCUCCGUGGAGGGGCUGAGUAGUCGUAGAGCAGCCAGUCUGCAAAGAGACAGGUGCUGUCGCCUCUCUGUCUGGGUCUGGCAGACCAUCAUACACAUCUUUCAGUUGGGACAAGUGUGGAGGUACAUCCGCACCAUGUACCUCGGUAUACAAAGUCACCGUCAGAAGGAGAACCAGCGGCGUUUUUACUGGGCUAUGAUGUAUGAGUAUGCCGAUGUCAACAUGCUGCGACUGCUAGAGACCUUCUUAGAAAGCGCCCCUCAGCUGGUGCUGCAGCUCUGCAUCAUGAUCCAGAGCAACAAGGCUGAGUGGCUGCAGUGUGUUUCUGCCAUGUCCUCCCUCCUGUCCCUGGCCUGGGUGCUAGCGUCUUACCACAAACUCCUGCGUGAUUCACGUGACGACAAGAAGAGUAUGAGUUAUCGAGGUGCCCUGGUGCAUCUGUUCUGGCGCCUUUUUACCAUCUCCUCACGGGUGCUCUCCCUUGCUCUAUUUGCCUCGGUUUUCCACAUCUACUUUGGCAUUUUUGUGGUGCUCCAUUGGUGUGCCAUGGCUUUCUGGGUCAUCCAUGGCGGCACCGACUUCUGCAUGUCCAAGUGGGAGGAGGUAUUGUUCAACAUGGUGGUGGGCGUGGUCUACGUCUUCUGUUGGUUCAAUGUACGUGCGGGCCGGGCGCGGUACAGAAUGGUGGCCUAUUACACAGUAGUACUGUUAGAGAAUGCCAUCCUCAGCCUCCUUUGGUAUGCGUACCGUGACCCAGUCACCACUGACGCCUAUGCUUCUUUUGCCCUCUGUGGCGUCUUCCUGUGCUUUGCCUCAGGUGUGGCCUGUAUGGUUCUCUAUUACGGGGUUCUACACCCCAUGGGCCCCCGGCUGAGGGUGCUGGCCAGCUCCUGCUGUGCUGAGCUUCUGUGGGGCCUUCCAUUACCCCCCGAGGCCGAGCCCAUGGCUCCUACACCAGGGCCACGUGGCUCUCAGGCCACCCCCACACGGGGUCUGGCAGGGGAACACGAAGAGUCAGAUGAAACAGCCACAGACACCUGCCUUCCGGUUUUCCAGGUGAGGUCCACAGAGCCUGUGGAUGCAGCUGGCAGGCCAAUCCGGCCUGAGGGUCCUUUCAUCAAGAUAGACAUGCCCAGAAAACGCUACCCAGCCUGGGAUGCACACUUUGUGGAUCGGCGCCUGCGUAGGACCAUAAAUGUGCUGCAGUACAUUAGCCCGAACGCGGUGGGCAUCAGGUAUAGGGACGGUCCGCUUCUUUAUGAACUCCUGCAGUACGAAUCCUCCCUCUGAAGGCAUCUUCUCCCUCAACUCUGUCACCUCCUCUCACACAAUAUGAUGCACAUGCCUUUCCUUUCUUUCACACUGCUCUUCCUCCUCUCCAGAUAUUAUCUCAGCUCUCUCCUUCUCUCCACUCUGAUUAUUCAAUUUCCCUGCAGGAGAUGUGUGUUAGUCAAAGGAAAGUCCGUCAUGACAGUCUAAACACGCAGUCAUGAUUUAUUUUUGGAAAAAGCAUACAGUAAAGAGAGAGAAAAUUUUUAACCUACAGUAUCUGAUGUGAUAUACAGUAUACAGAAGUACCAUAUAAAUCCCUCUACAUUGAUAGAGGAGGGUUCUGUAUGAGUGUGUAGAUAAUAUAUGAAUGUUUCAUUAUGAAAUGUGUUUAAUGCAUUAUAUUGUAUUGGUGAUUCAACCUGUGAAUACUUGUGAAGGGCAUAUUGUAUGUCCCUGUGACAUGGGACCGGCGCAAAGCCUGAUGGGAAUGAUGGAGGAGAGUCCCAGAGGGGGCAGGUCUUUGCACAUCCCAACAUUUACUGCCACUGUAUAUGUCAAUUAUUGAAAUGUAUGAUAAUGUUUACCAAGUCCUUAGCCCAUGAAUUACAAAGCACUGAAAUGUCUAUCGUGAUACUGUAAAUUGCAGAAAGGACACAAUCAAAGAUGUGUCUUAGAGAAGCAUUUCAAAAAUGGAUUUUCCCUCUGUGAGCUUACGUGGCUCAAGUGUAUCCUGGCUGUACUAUUUUUGUCCAAAAUCCUUAAUUGUAAUCGCAUCAUGUAUGGAAGAAAAAAGAAGCACACUGACCUUCGAUCAGUUCCACCCACACAUUUAAUUUCUACAGUGCAUACUGCCCUCCAGUGGAGGCUAGCUGUAAGAGCACACCUUAUUUGGUCAUUUUUGCCAGUAGUUCCUGAUUUAAAAAAAAAAAAAAAAAAACACAAUGAAACAAAUGUAGAAUGUAGUUGACAUGAGCACAACAUUUUCUAAAUUGAUGGGUAGAAAAUUAUGAUAAAAAAAACAUUCCAAAGCCUUUUUCUAAAAGAUUGUAAGUGUCUAUUAAAGGGUAGAGGGUAAAAAUGUGUGUUAACACAUUUUAGUUUGAAGUGCAAAGACAGGCUUCAAGGAAUCCUCCACCAUUCCCUUCUGUAUCCUAGAAAGUACUCCCUAAUACAACCUCCUUGUUUUGUUUUCCUAUCAACAAAUGUUUUAGGUUGAUUAAUAUAUGCUUACUGGGUGCAAAGCCUUGUAAUAAGUUCUUGAAAAAAAGACAAUUCUGAGAAGAUAUUUCUAUGCUAUUAUACUUCAGUGCAUAUGUGUGUCCACAUUUAUAGUCAUUGACAUAACUAUAUUUUGCCAGACCACACACUUUUUUACAUAACUAAAAAUGUGUGCAGUGCAGUGUUAAAAGUUAUUCUCCUCAACAUCAGUGUGCCCUCAUAGAGGUUAUACUCUUAUAUGGGUGUACAGGGCAACUGUUCUGGCACCAGCUAGCGCAGUUGAAACAAAGCCAAAUCACAUCUAACAGUACUGUCUUUCCAAGUUAUCUGCCCCCUUGAACCAAUAGAAUGAGUCCUUGCAAAACGUGUGCCAUCUAUAGGCCAGAUAAACAUUUCCCAGAUUUACAUGCGGGAGCUCUCCACUACGGUUACCCACGGGACGACUACUGUAUUCACUCAUGACAAAAAUGAAAUCAAAUUUCAAAAACAUGCCCUCUAAGUCACUUGACUUAAAUUUCCAGAGAGGGCUACGGAACAAUUCAUGAGAAAAAUGAAUGCAUUUCAUACUCCAAUUUUAUCUACUUACUCAAUGAUUCAUCCAAAUAUAUAAUGUGUGUUUUUUACAUUGCAGUGUUUGCCAUGACUUUAGUAUGAGGCAUUAGUACAAAUGCGCCCAACAAGGGGUGCCCAAGAGCCCUACACAAAACAGAGAUUUCUUUCUCCUGGCUGACUGGCUUUCUGCUUAGCUGUUGCCACAUGCGCCUGCUAACAUCGUACUGUAAAAGGCAGAUGCCAUGUUAAGUCCAGGUCAAAGGUGAGAGGGGGUUUUUGCCAGGGGUGGAAAAGAACAGGAGGACAGAUUGUGAUAAAGGGCUUGACUGGAGCAUAUGUGUAGGAUUCCUUUACCUCUAGGAGUGUUUACCUCUUAGCACAUACUGUUCAACCUACAGUAUGUAUUAGGGGAUGCAAUUGUGCUUGAGUGGUGGUGGUGUGUUCGCAUACUUGUCUUGUGUGUCUCCUCAGCCCUUUCCCACAGUUCUGUUCUCUCGCCGAUUGUUCGGCUCCAUCCUCGGUUGCUGCUCCGCCCUCUUCUCCAUCUCUUCGGUGCUGGGCCUUGGUGCACUCCCGUGAAACACUCUCACACUCUCUGGUAACUGAACAAUGGGGUUUGAGGCUGAACAACUGGAGAUCCUGACAUGAGAACAUGCAAUGAGGUACACUGCCAUAACCAAGAGCUUCAACAUCCAGGGUCUUCCACCCUUCAGCUUAAAAGCGAUGUUCAGCCCUGAGUAAUUGAGAACUGUUGGGUCAGCUAGGGUGGAGCAAACAUCCAUCACACCAUAUGUAUAGAUAUACAUGAGUAUGCAAACAACCAACUUGUUCAUUGUUUACCAUAGUAGCCAGAGUAGUUCCUCUCUGUUGUAGUGAAUGAACAGCCAUGUUAAUAGUUAGUCAAUUAAUGAAUAAUAAGUAUUGUCAAACUAAAAAAAAAAUACUAAGCAAAACAGCCAAUAUAGGGGUUCCUCAGGACCAACAAACAAGACCACUGAACCAGCUGACUCAGGGGUGUCUCAAUGCAGUUCUCAUCCCCAGGCAUGUCCUCAAGGGUCUCCAUUUUUUCCUUAACAUAUUGCAUCCUGGACCACUCCUCGGCUGGGAUUGUAUCACUAAAUUUUGAUUUGCACGUUUGUUUUCUUGGGAAUGAUUAUUAUACGUUUUUUGUGGUAGUUGGCUGCCUGGCAUUUGGUGCAUCCUUUCUAAACACUGCUGACUUUUUCGAGACGUGGACACAUGUCCAAAUCAGGUGCAAAUACACUGUGAUUCAUUCAUUUGUGUGUGUGUGUGUGUGUGUGUGUGUGUGUGUGUGUGUGUGUGUGUGUGUGUGUGUGAGACAACGGUAUUAUAUAGCAUCGUAAACAAGAUUAUGUACAACUGGGCUGCAUUUCGUCUAGUGGUAAAACGCAGAGUAUUUAUGCUUGCUUAACUGUGUCAUUAGAAUAGUAGUAAUGGCGGUUAGUUACACUCAUUGAUUUUAAUUUUACAGUGCAAAGAGUCUACAAGUCCGAUUUUUUUAUGAAACAUGCAGUAUAUUUUACAUAUUUCUACAGAACAAUUAUAGUUUUACCACAUUCUGUAGCUAGUAAAAAGCAUUAGAUAAAAGCUGGUUAAUAAGUGGGUUUUGAUUUUGUAUUUUUCCUUAAAAUUAUACAUGGGUUUUAAGAGCUAAGCUACACAAGAGUGCAAGUAAAAGCCGUUACUAUACAGUGUAGUAGUAAGGCUGCCACACUUUAUACCAUAAUCAAGGGCACAAAGAAAUCCCCUGCAGAGAAUUGUUUUUGUCAGGUUACCUGCCCAGUUCCACAUCCCUCGACAGCCACAACACACAGCAAGAGCAUUUGAACAGCAAGCUUGUUCUUCUCAGUCCUUGUUGUGCCUUGUCACUUUGGGUGCUUUAAUCCAGCCAUGGCAGCCAGGUCCGCAAACAACAAUGCCAAUGUAUUUCUUUACUUGUUUCAUGUGCCACCACAUUCACCAAGACGAUGACAACACCAAACAAUAUUCUUCUUGUAGGUCUCCUCAAACCAGAUCAAGCCAAGUUCUCAAUACUGUCAGCUCACACCUUAGUCGACAACAACAUUUAGUUUACCGUUUCAUCCAAGUUGUCAUCAAUAGGACUGCACUGUUUCCUAGUUACAGUGUUACAACUAAACUUCACAGUGUGACAGAACCAAGUGGUGGGUAUAGUGUGAAACCCAGUUAUUGGCUCUAUCAAAGACAUAGGAGGAAAAAGUAAGGCAAUACUGAACAUCUUCUGUACUUGAACAUAGGGUUCCUCAUCUUUAUUACAUUUGAGCAAGCUGAAACACAACAGCCCCAGUUGAUUCAGCAAGUUACAAAUUAGCAGUUUGGACUGAGCUCAAAAGCAUUAGUUUUGGACUGUUUGAUGGAUAGUCUUAACAAAUGCCAGCCACGAUACCAAGCGAUUUGGUCAAUGAUUGUUUUGUACUUUUGUCUAUGCCUUUACAUCUUCUUCUGUCUUGCAAUGAUGAAUGAUUUGUAGUGCCAAGACGUAAACUUUGUGUCUUUUGUCUCGUGUGAAGAAAAAAAAAAACAUUCUCUCGCCAAAAUAAUAACGCCUGCAGUUGGAAUAAAACAUGGAGGAAGUCAAUGAUGACAAAAUGCGCAAAAAAAAAAUCACUUAUGUUGCAUUUUCUUACAAUGGAAUGAUGAAACAGGCCCAAUCACUGAUUCACUUUUAAAUAACCUCAUUUCCUGGUUUUCCAACCACCUCCCAGCAUGCCUUUAAAAGUCAUUGUGAGGUGACCCUCAACAUUUAGCAUGUAAGUGCUCUCAACUGCACAACAAACCCUCUGAUUUCUGCAUUAAUGUGUAGCAGCAGGUCAUUGUAGUGUUUGACUUGGUUUAAGUAUGUACCUUAGUGUCAUGACCAUCUGUUUGACCACUGGAGCAGUAUGUUCAGAUGAUAAAACGGUGCAUUUUCUUCUUUUACUUUUGAUCCUUCUUUGAUUUCUGUUAAUAACCUGGUGCUGAAUUUAAAAGGUGCUACCACUGUGGACUGCAGUCCACUUUUUAGCUUUCUGAUAGCAGCCUUCCGGUUGACUGAGAGGGCCUGUGCCCCGCAAACUUGCAGUCUCAAAAUGCUCUAGAGCUAGCACCUCAAAUCCACACAGUUUACAGCAGAACUCAACUCUUAAUGGUGCCAUUUUGAUUUUCCAACCUUCACAAAAAAAAAAAAAAAAAACAUUUACUCUGUGUGUAUAUAUACUUUAAUAUACUGGUUUCAGCAUACAGUAUGUUUUAAUUUUACUAUGAUUCAAUCUGCACUAGGAUUUUUUUCUUUCUUUUCUCUGAGAGACUGAAACUGGCAGAUGAUAAAAUGCAUCUUUUUGGCAAACGCACAGGAGCACAAAUGUACUAUUGCUAAUGGAAUUUGGGUAAAAAAAUUAUAUAGAAUGUGAUUGCUGUGUUGUAAAUUCCUGUCAUCUAUAUGUCCUUAAUCUGUGUGUAUCUAUUUUUGUUGUUAUUGUAGAAUUGGCUGUAAUAUUUUGUUUGAAAAUGUAUUUGAUAUUCCAAUGAAGCGACUAUGGUUGUCAUAUUAAUUGCUGCUGAUUUUUGAAAUUGUUAUCAAAGGUGUUGGGAAAUAUUGCUUUGUUUAUAUUCAAUCAAUUUCUAGAUUGUGUUAGCUUGUUGGUGUAUUUCACAAAUCUAUCAGGAUACUCCCUAGACUAUAUGAUUUAUCCGGGGUAUUCCAAAAGUUGGCAUAAUGUCAGUAAGCAAAUUCGCUACAAUCUGUAGCAUCUUUAUGAAAGUGUACUCAUACAGCUUAUGUUCUAACUGAGAACAUAUAAGGAAAGAUUUCUUUGUUGUUGUUGAAUAUAAAAUGUAAGUAAAUUGUUUCAUGGAAUCCCCGUUCUUUAAAAAAAGCAAAACUGAUGUCCUAUUUUUGGGAACAAUAUGAAUAUUAUUAAUAACAUAUGGUGCUACAGUUCUUUUUGUAUGUUUUGGUUUUUAGAUGAAAAGAGAAAUAUUAUGCUGAAAAUGUAAUGUUAAGCCUUACUGUAGAUUCAUAUAUCAGACUGUUCA